UUUCUCAACACCCAUCAUGUCAGCGUCUAUUGGGUUUCUGUUUGUGCUUUUUGUUGCGAGAAUACCGGCGCUAACACUUCAGGAUAUUGAUGGACAAGCUACAGAUUUCUUCAAGAGUGGUCACACGAACAACUGGGCAAUUCUUGUUGACUCUUCGCGGUUCUGGUUCAACUACAGGCAUGUUGCCAAUGUUUUGUCCAUGUACCGAAGUGUUAAAAGACUCGGUAUUCCUGACAGUCAGAUCAUCCUAAUGGUAGCUGAUGACAUGGCGUGCAAUCCCCGAAAUCCUCGACCAGCAACCGUGUUCAAUAAUCGCAAUCAGCACAUCAAUGUCUACGGUGACGACGUUGAGGUCGAUUACCGUGGUUACGAGGUGACGGUGGAGAACUUCAUCCGCGUGCUAACGGGGCGUCUGCCGCCUGGCACGCCGCGCUCCAAGCGACUGCUUACCGACGACCGCAGCAACGUGCUCAUCUACAUGACCGGACACGGCGGCGAUGGCUUUCUGAAGUUCCAGGACGCCGAGGAAAUUACUAACGUCGAACUGGCCGAUGCAUUUGAGCAGAUGUGGCAGAAAAAUAGGUACCACGAGAUGCUGUUCAUCAUUGACACAUGUCAAGCUGCUUCCAUGUACCAGAAGUUCUAUUCGCCUAAUAUCAUAGGUGUUGCUAGCAGUUUGGUUGGAGAAGACUCACUUUCACACCAUGUCGACCCAGCCAUUGGCGUGUACAUUAUCGACCGCUACACCUACUAUGCUCUCGAGUUUCUGGAAAAGGUUCAACCUGGUAGCAACAAGACCCUGGGGCAAUUUUUCAAGGUGUGUUCCAAACAACAGUGCAUAUCAACAGUGAGUGAAAGAACUGAUCUAUUCACAAGAGAUGUCAAGAAUGUUCUAGUUACAGACUUCUUUGGCAGUGUGCGUAAUGUGGAGCUUACAGACCUGCCACAUGAGGGAGCCACGUAUCAGUGCAGCACUGACAGCUGUGACACGUCUACAGGAGCUACGGUCCAGGAGGAAGACACAGACACUACACCAAACUCUCUACAUGGAUAUGCUUUCACAAACCUAUUUCCUGUGCCUUAUACGACUACUAAGUAAUUUGUCCAUUUGUGGUCAGUCAUCAACUGCAACUGUAACAGUUUUUUUGGUGGAUUCAUUUUAUGUAUCGUAGGAUUUGAUAUAGGUAAAAACCUGCUACCAAUAUUUGUUAAAAAUAAGGAAAAUCAAUGUGUGAAGUUGUACAUAUAUUGCUCACUGUGUACAUAAUUUAUGUUUAUUUUUAAUUCACCAGAGUAUGUACAGUUAUUUGUUUAAAAUAAUGUUUUCAUCAUCA